UGGUCUGUCAGGGACUUACAAUAAGGCUGCGAAGAAGAAAAAGAAGGAAGAGAAACAUCAGGAAGAUGGCAGCCUCUAGCACGAAGUCGGUUUUAUUUGUUUGCCUCGGCAAUAUUUGCAGAUCCCCCAUCGCUGAAGCAGUCUUCUGUAAGAUGGCAACAGAUGCUGGUGUUGUUGAUAAGUGGAGGAUAGACAGUGCUGCCACCUCCACCUAUGAGAUAGGAAACUCUCCAGACGACCGUGGCCAAGCCUGCAUGAAGAGGCAUAGUGUGCCAAUGGGGCAUGUGGCCAGGCAGGUGACCAAGGAAGAUUUCAUGAGCUUCGAGUACAUUCUCUGCAUGGACGAGAGCAACUUGAGCGAGUUGAACAGGAAAGCAAAGUCAGUGAAAAACUACAGUGCAAAGAUUGAGCUUCUUGGUUCAUACGAUCCUCAGAAUCAGCGGAUCAUCAAGGACCCUUAUUAUGGAAGUGACGAAGACUUUGAGAAGGUGUAUGAGCAGUGUGUACGCUGCUGCAAAGCUUUUCUGGAGGCAAACUCCUAACGUCUGAGGAACCAUCAUCCAAAUAAUGAUAAGGUUGUGUCUAUCAAGCACUUAGGAAAACGCUUAAAGGACUUUAUCUCCCUGUUGUAUGUGUUACACAAACCACACAUUGUGUAUGUAGCAAUUCUGCGUGGACAAGUGUGUAGACUUGUCUAUAAAUAAAAUUAAAUAAGUUCAAUCUUUA